AUGUUAGAAGGUUAUUCUUUGGAGAUUGCCUUGACCGCUGCCAACUCGGCAGCGCAGGCGUGGUAUGGCUAUGAUCAGGGUGUUGUCAGCGGUGUCUUGAUCAGCCCGGAUUUCAUCGACACUUUUCCUCAGACAAAAGUCUCCAAUAUACAGGGUAUAACUGCGAGUUGCUUUUCUCUAGGAAACUUGGCUGGCUGCCUGGCAGCAGCUACUUGGGGUAACAGACUUGGUCGGAAGAACACAUUGAGGGUUGGGGCCGUGAUAAGUUGCAUUGGAGCUAUCUUGCAGUUCGCAGCAACAGCUUUUCCUCAACUGAUUGUUGGCCGUGUUAUCAAUGGAGUUGGAAAUGGAAUGACUAGUUCAACCUGCGGAAUCUACCAAGCUGAAUCGUGCCGUGGACAUAGGCGAGGAAAACUGUCUGUCAUUGUGGUUCUGCACAAUGUGGUAUUUUACUGUGCUGCAACUUGGCUCACUCUUGCAUGCUCGUUUGCAAGCGGAGGAUGGCAGUGGAGGCUUCCGCUAUCCCUGCAGAUUGUGCCUUGCAUGGUGAUGGUCUCCAUAUUACCUUUCAUCCCGGAGAGUCCGCGGUGGCUUCUCAUGCACGACAAACUAGAAGAAGGCACCGACUCGUUGCGACGAUACCUUGGAAAGGGGCUAUCUUCAGACGAUCCCACUGUCCAAAAGGAACUGGCUUCCAUUCUCGGCGCAAUUCGGACUGAAAGGGAGUCACGCAUCUCUUUCCGAGAAGUCAUUACCAACAACGACCGCUCUGGACAUUUAAAACGACUGCUACUAGGAUGCGGAGGGCAAUUUAUGCAGCAAUUCGGCGGAAUAAAUGCACUCAAUUACUACUUUCCAACUAUAUUGACAGAUAAUAUUGGACAAACGGAACUGAUGGCUCGGAUUUUGACAGGCUGUAACGCAACUUCGUACAUGAUCUCGUCGGGCAUGUGUUUUUGGAUGAUUGAACGGUUUGGUCGACGCUCCUUGAUGCUCAGCGGUCUUACUAUGCAGUGCUUUGCAUACUUGAUGGUGGCGAUAUCGGUGGCCUUUCUUGCGCAUGCACCUCUCCAGUGGGGUGCAGUCGCUAUUACUUUCCUCUUCUUCUAUUACGCCGUCUUUGGCUGCACGUGGGGCAUGGUGCCCUGGGUGUACCAGGCUGAGAUCAACUCGCUAGCGAUGCGUACAGAAGGAGCUGCAGCAGCGACGGCGACAAACUGGUUGUUUGGCUUUGUCUGCACUCAGUUCACGCCGACUGGCAUCCAAAACAUCGGUUAUCGGUUCUACAUCAUCUUUGCCUGUUUCAAUCUUGUAUUCAUCGCUGUGGUCUACUUCCUCUAUCCAGAGACUGCCAAUCGAACACUCGAGGAUUUGGAUGCCUAUUUCGACCGCGACUCUGGCCACAAGACGAUUAUUCCAUUUGGCGACAAGAGUUCCAAGUCGACUGCGCGGCCAUUGGAGGCUAUCGAGGCUGAAGCCCGCCGGGUUGCUGCGAGUGGCAAGCAGAUUGAUGCGAACAAGGUCUCUGCUACUCAUGUCGAGGAUGUCGAGGCAUAA